UCGCGGUAUAAAGGGCGACUCCACGACGGCAUCGGCACCAGUUGCUCUCCACACUCGGACAACACACUAUCCAACAUGAAGGUGUUCCUCGUUGCCGCCGUGCUGGUCGUGGCCGCCGCCGAUUCUCCGGCUCCGUACCACCCGACUCCGGCUCCGUACCACCCGGCUCCGGCCUACAAGCCGGCUCCCUACCAUCCGCAGACCCAGUACAAGGAGGAGGCCAGGCCGUUCGCCUUCGACUACGCCGUCAACGACCACUACACCGGCACUAACUUCGCCCGCAACGAGCAGAGCGACGGUCACAACGUGCAGGGCUACUACUCGGUGGUUCUGCCCGACGGCCGUACCCAGCACGUCAAGUACACGGCUGACCACUACGGUGGAUACAACGCCGAGGUCACCUACGACGGAGAGGCCGCCUACCCCGAGCAGCACUCUGCCCCUGCCUACAAGCCGGCCCCCUACCACCCGGCUCCUGCCUACAAGCCCGCCCCCUACCACCCGGCCCCUGCCUACAAGCCGGCCCCCUACCACCCUGCCCCUGCCUACAAGCCGGCCCCUGCCUAUAAGCCUGCCUACAAGCCUGCCCCCACCUACAAGCCGGCCCCUGCCUACAAGCCCGCUCACUAUUAAUUCGUUGAUAGGUUAUUAGUGGAGUGACUGAUGAUGAUUGAGCUAUUUAUGAGGUGUAAAUAAACGCUUUUGUCAUUGCAUACAUGUUCUAUGCGACA